UGGCGGCGGCGGCGGGAGCUGCGUGGGGCUCGGCGGGGAUGUCUUCGUCGCCGUGCGCUGCUGCUGCUGCCGCCGCGGCGCCGCUGGCCGAGCUGCUGGGCGAGGCGCUGGCGGCGCCCGACGGCUCGGCGGUGCCCGUGGCCUCGCUGCCGGCGAGGGGCGUCUCGCUCGUGGGGCUCUACUUCGGGUACUGCGGCGCCGGCAGCAGCGCAGCCGGAGCCGCCGCCGCCGGAGCGGCAGGAACCGGAGCCGGAGCCGGGCCGGGCGCGCAGCUGGCCGCUAGCCUGGCCGCCUUCUACGCGCGCUUCCAGCCGGCCCGGAGCGAAGCCGGAGCCGGAGCGGCGCCGGAGCAGCGGCAGCAGCAGCGCCUGGAGAUCGUCUUCGUGUCGGCCGAGCAGGAUCAGCAGCGCUGGCAGGAAGCCACGCGGGCCAUGCCGUGGCUGGCGCUCCCCUUUGCCGACAAGCGCCGGAAGUUGAAACUCUGGAACAAGUUCCGAGUGUCCAACAUUCCCUCGCUGAUAUUUAUAGAUGCCACUACGGGAAAGGUUGUGUGCCGGAACGGCCUCUUGGUAAUUCGAGAUGACCCAGAAGGUUUGGAGUUCCCUUGGGGGGCCCGGCCAUUCGGCGACGUGGUUGCUGGGCCUCUCCUCCGAAAUAAUGGCCAGACCCAGGAGAGCAGCAGCCUCGAGGGCUCCUACGUUGGCGUUUACUUCUCUGCACACUGGUGCCCACCCUGCAGAAGCCUCACCCGGGUACUAGUGGAAUCCUAUCGUAAGAUCAAGGAAUCCGGUCAUAAAUUCGAGAUCGUCUUUGUCAGCGCAGACAGGUCAGAGGAGUCAUUCAAGCAGUACUUCAGCGAGAUGCCCUGGCUAGCCGUCCCGUAUGCUGAUGAUUCUCGGCGCUCGCGUCUCAACCGGCUCUACGGAAUCCAAGGCAUCCCGACCCUCAUAGUCCUGGACCCCAAGGGGGACGUGAUCACGCGACAAGGCCGGGUGGAGGUGCUGAACGACAUCGAGUGCCGGGAGUUCCCCUGGCACCCCAAACCCGUCCUGGAGCUGACCGACUCCAACGCCGUCCAGCUGAACGAGGGCCCUUGCCUCGUCCUCUUCGUAGAUUCUGACGACGACGGGGAGUCCGAGGCCGCCAAGCAGCUGAUCCAGCCCAUUGCCGAGAAAAUAAUUGCCAAAUACAAAGCCAAAGACGAAGAGGCUCCUCUGCUGUUUUUCGUUGCCGGAGAGGAUGACAUGACCGACUCCCUUCGGGACUUCACCAACCUCCCAGAGGCUGCUCCUCUUCUCACCAUCCUGGACAUGUCUGCCCGUGCCAAGUACGUCAAGGACGUCGAGGAGAUCACACCCGACAUCGUGGAAGCUUUUGUGAAUGACUUUCUAAUGGACAAGCUUAAACCGGAGCCCAUCUGAAGAGAAGCAGAGGCAGGGUUGAAAAGGGGAGGGGGCUUCUUUUUUCCUGCCCCCACUCCCAGCUUGGACCUUAUUUAAAAAAUUGCAGGAUUUUUUCCCUCUCUCCAGCUCUGUGCACAACGUUAACUCUUGACGUUCUAGUGGUGCCUUGUUUUUUCCAAACACAGCAAGUUUCUCUCUUCUUGAUUUCCCCUCCUUAACCAAACUCUUUUUAAAAGGUGCUGCAUUUCAGCUGGGAGGUGCUGGUCAGAGGAGGCUUGGCUUAUAGUUUUCUGGGUUGUGAGGGGAGGUGGGAAGUGGGAGGUUUCCCAAGAGCCCAGGUGAAGGGGAAGUGAUGGAUUUCCCACGGUCCCAGCCAGAGCUGUGGCUGCAUUCUGUUUUUUUAUUUUUUUAAAAAAAAAUCUCUACUGGUCACUCAUGUAACCUGUCCAAACACAGAUCCUUUAUCAAAGCCCAGUUUUUCCAUCUUUCCAAGAUGACAAGUGACAUACAAGCACCCACACCUAAAUCCGCCAUAUGUAAUAUUUUGGGGGAAGGGUAGGGUAGUUAACCCAUCAAAACUGUUUGCCUUUCGAGGCUGAAGAAAAAUAAAAGCUUGCAGAGCAGGCCACUGCCCUCCUGGCUAUGUUCUUUUGAGGGGUAGGGGAGUGAAGCUAGGAUCCUCUAACAAAUACUCUGUAUCUUCUUCCAGCUGAACUCCCUUAGGGUGUCUUUCAGCAGGGAAACAGCAUCAGGUUUCCUAGGUGAGGGUCACCUCUCCAGCUUUGCUGGAAUGCUCCAGGUUCAAAAUGCAAAAGCAUUUAAUGCUCACCUGUAUUGCGAAUCGAAUUGAAUUUUCUCUCUCUUCCCCUUGAAUCUUCCUACAACUUGGAUCGUAAUCCAGUUGUCCAUGCCUUUCUCUCUUUGGCAAUUUGUACACAACAGUUGCAUCUUGGGAGCCUGUAGUUGCCAAGCCACCUGAAAGGUCAAUAUUAAAGACUCGGGAGCCCUGGGAUAAUGAGAUUUCCUCGAGCCCCAUAUCUGCCAUGCAGGGCACAUGGGGAGUCAUGGGAUGUGCCCGUGGGGUCUCUGUGUGAGAUCUUGCUGGUGCUGCCACUGGACCGUAUAAAUUGAGAUGGGCGGUGUAGGACGACAAAUUAGAGGCCUUGGGAAAUGUUUGCAUCCUCUUGCGCUAGCUUUUGCCCCGGGGAGGAGGAGGUAUUCUUGCAUUUUUUAGCCUAGCUUUGGAAAUCAGCAAUUUGACUUCUUUUAGGAAUGACCAGGCGCAAUUCUAAAUCGAGUGGAAGGUUGUUCACCCACUGUUUAAAACUUUCAACCGUGGGUUGGUGGGGUGUUUUGGUAGUGGCCUGUUUUUGCUAAAAUUAGCACCAUUUUGCUGCCCCUCAGAAAUUCAAACAAGUCAAGACUGGCUCAGUUAAGUGGGGUGUCGCCUGAGGUGUAGUCCGCCAUUUGCCCAAACGUUCAAGGGCUCAGAGUAAGGAGAGGAGGGAUACACAUGACUUCCCCACCCUACUGCGUUGUGUGGCUUAAAGAUAUGCAAAACUUUUCUAAGUCACAUUUGCUCGAGUGUAAGCAGAAGCUUUUGCCUGGUCAGGGACCCCAGUAAAACGAGCUGCCUGGUUGUGAGAGGCGUCUGUAGCUGCCAUCCUAACAUUCAGGCCACUAGCAAGUAGAGAACUUUCCAGUCGCUCUGAAUUGUUGAAUUCCACCUUCUGCUUUGCAAUCAACUUUCUGCAGAGUGCUUUCUUCCACUGACUUUGAAAUAAAACCCAGGACUCUCUUAGGUAUUUUUCUCCUCCCUCGCCUUUUUUUCUUCCUUAAUCCCAUGUUAAAUACAUCCCCCCUAAACAUGCAGCUGAUAAAAGCUUGAGCAAUUCUCGGUAGAGGUGACUGUGAUGUUUUUAGCCGUUUUGGCAAGCAAGGUGGGUUGGGUUGGGAUUACGCUGGGAUAGCACAGCCAGAUCCUCUCUCCCCAACCCCAUCGUCUCUCCCUCUUUCUCUCUCCCUGGCAAAGUUGGACGUUGUAAAAAACAAACAAACUUGUACAUGGUGACUGGAACUUUGUAAUAAAACCCGUUCUAGUAACGUCA